AUGACCAGUGUUGUGGCCACGAUGAGCACGGUUCGUCACUUCAGUGACAGCCAAUCAGAUAACCGUCAACAUAUAGAAGAGUUUGUCCCCGAGGACAUUUACGUCACUUCCUGGACCAGAAAAGUGGUAGAAAUUUGUGUUGACUUGACCCUGGGCUUCCUCAUCUCCUUGGUGGGCGUGGUCACCAACAUCCUGGUCAUUGCCGUCUUCGCCAAGCAAAAGUUCAAGGACAGCGUCGCCGUCUCCAUGACAACAAUUGCUGUAUGGGAUUUCAUCAAGUGUUUCGGCUGCGCCCUCCAAAGACUGUCCGGCCCUAUCAGUUUAUAUGAUUCUGCGGUUGCCGAAAGCUGGGCCAACAUUUCUGUGGUGGCGUUGAGCUACCUCACCUGCUUCGUCACGUACGUGUCCAUCGUCCUGGCGGCUUACGUGGCCGUGGAGAGAUGCUUGUGUGUCAGCAUCCCCUUCAAAGUCAAAUGGUUCAUCACGCCUAGAAGUUCUUUCAUUAUCUGCUUCAUAAUUUCUCUCGUCGUGUUCGGUUGGUUCUCUGUCAUGUACGGAAUUUACGAUAUCCUUUGGGUGUACAGCCACAACUACAACAAAACUAUCGCCAUCUACGUCUACAGCGACUUCAUUCACCAACACGCCCAGCCUGUGUUUCUUUUCUACAACCUAUCUGGCAUCAUUUUACCCGUAGUUUGUUUCCUCGUCAUCGUCGCCUCAACUUUCGUCAUCAUAUACCAUCUCCGGAAGUCAUCCAACUUCCGGUCAGGAAGCACCAAGGGACAGGGUGGACAGUCACAGAAACAAUCACGUAAGUGGGUCUGUUAG